AUGUCAGCCAGAAAGGGCUAUCUGCUCCCUUCGCCAAAUUAUUCCACAACAAUGUCAUGCUCCGAGAGCCCGGCUGCAAACUCUUUUUUGGUAGACUCCCUGAUCAGCUCGGGCAGAGGGGAAGCGGCGGGAGCAGGAGGCGGAGGCGGAGGCGGAGGCGGCUACUAUCCCAACAGUGGUAUCUACCUGCCACAGGCGUCCGAUCUGUCCUACGGGCUGCAAAGCUGCGGACUUUUCCCCGUUCUCAGCAAACGCAAUGAAGGUACUUCUCAAAGCAUGGUCCCCAGCUCGCACUCCUACGUGUCAGGGAUGGAAGUGUGGCUAGAUCCCCCCCGGUCCUGUCGCAUGGAAGAGCCGGAGAGCCAGCAGGCCACCUCGUGCUCCUUCGCUCCGAGCAUUAAGGAGGAGAGCUCUUACUGCCUCUAUGACUCAGAGAAAUGCCCCAAGGGCUCGGCAGCCACAGACCUCGCUCCCUUCCCCCGGCUGAGUGCCGAGGUCAGCCCAGCCAGCAGCGGCGGCGGGGUCCCCGUCCCGGGCUACUUCCGCCUGUCCCAGGCUUAUGGCACUUCCAAGAACUACGGCGCGGGGCCAGCCGGGGCUGCCCCUUUCCCUCCGCAGCCCCCCGGCCGCUUCCAGACGCCUCCAUCUUUGCCUCCCGUCCCGGACGCGGGGAGGAAGGAGGAUGAGGAACGCUCCCCAAGCCCCUUGGCGUGCGUCUCCCAGAGGGAGGAAGAGACUCAGGCUUCAUCUUCCACCGCAGAGGAGCUCUCUCCAGCUCCGUCAGAGAGCAGCAAAGCUUCUCCCGAGAAAGAGCCUGUAGGCAAUUCAAAAGGAGAAAAUGCAGCAAACUGGCUCACGGCAAAAAGUGGCAGAAAGAAACGAUGCCCCUAUACCAAGCACCAAACUCUCGAGCUGGAAAAGGAGUUUCUAUUCAAUAUGUACCUGACUCGUGAGCGUCGCCUAGAGAUCAGCCGCACAGUCCACCUCACAGACAGACAAGUUAAAAUCUGGUUUCAGAACCGCAGAAUGAAACUGAAGAAAAUGAACAGAGAGAAUAGGAUUCGGGAGCUCACAGCCAACUUUAAUUUCUCUUGAUGAACCUAUAAACACAUCUUUAUGGUUUAAAGAGCCAGUAUCAUUUUCCUAGGCUGUAUUCAUCCGCACCUGUAUGGAUUAACGUUUUUAGGCGCUCUCAAUAUGUCCUUAACCUCUUAAGAGCUACUUUUGGGGGGUGGGCGGACUAAAGUCACGCUAAAGCACAAAAUGCCGUGUGUGAACCUCCCCUCUUCCUUCAGCCUUUCCCGGGGCCAAUUUGUUCCUCUAAGCUUUGAAACACAAAAAUACCAUUUCAGGAGCUGCAAAUAUGUUUUCCCUUAUCUCUCUCUCUCUGAAAAGUAAACAAUCCUGUUUAAAGGUGCAUUCUUUAAAAAUAUAAGUGCUGUAACUUGGACUGUACGUAGCUGCACAACGAAGAAUUUAAGCGUUGCCAUAUUUCUAUAUAUUGGGAGCUUUGCCCUUCUCUGUUUGCCUUUUCUCCCCCUCCCCCUUUUUUCCUUCCAAAAGCGGGACUUAAAAUAAUGAAAUGCAGGCAUCCUUAAAAAGGGUUUAACGGGAACGGGUGUUAGGAGUGAUUUUUUUGUUGUUGUUUUUUACACUUUACCUUAAAAGCCAAUAUUACAGCUUUAAAUUUGGCCAGGAAAAUGAAAUAUCUUCUCUUUAAAGGUAUAAAAGAGUUCGUUUUACUCAUGGACUAAAUUAUUACACUUACCUCUGAAUUUCUCUCGCUGGUUGUAGAUAUUUACUUAAUGUAGUUUUGCUUAAAUAUGUGAAUUUGGUGAUUUUCUUUUGUGUCUAUAUAUAACGUUACCGUUGGUAACACAUGACAAGCACACAGAAAUUCCCCCUUGAGAAGAAAAUAGUCACUUUUUUCCUCACUAAUUUCACUGAAAAAUAUAUAUCCUGAACUUUCAGAUGGACUUUCUGAGCCAGAGUCUGAAAUUGUGAGGGAGAAUAUGUUCAUCUUCCUUUAUACUGUGAAGUUACAUGCAUUAAAGGGUCAAACAUAUA